UCUGUCUGCCUUUGACAGAAAAGAGAAAGCCCUGGAGUGGCCAUUCCCACCAUCCAGGACAGGUUCGAGGGAGGGUGUGGGGCUCCAAUUAUUGUCUGAAUGGGUUCUUCCUUGUGAAUUUCUUACUCUCCUCCAUAUAUAUAUGUAUAUAUACAUAUAUAAUACAUAUAUAUAUAUGAGAGAGAGAGAUUGAUAAAUUGUUUAGCUACCAACAUAAUAUGCACUAGCCUUGAUUAUCAUGCAAAGAUUUCCAUUUAAUGUAUUAUGUUUUCCACUUUAGUGUUUACAAAAUCUAGAAAUAUAAUAUUUUCUGGCUCUGAGCUGAACAACCAAAUUCUUUCAUUUGCUAGGACAAUUACUAGAUGGAGAAUCCAGGUCAAAGCAAAACAAUAAUAGUAGUAAACUGCCAGUAGCUCCAACACUGUAGACCGUGGAGGAGUGAAUGGGAAAGUAUAAAUGUAAGCAUUUAUCAACAUCUGCAAAACAGUUAUUUUCAUCUUAAAUAACUUGCUUGAAAUUAUUGUUAUCUGAUGAUUUUACAAUAUAAUAGCUCAAACAUGAUUUUCGUGAAACACAGCUUUUAAGGGGAAAUUUUCCCUUUUUAUUUUUCUGACUCUUGAGAGUUUCCUUUCACCUACUGGAUCCUUUCCCUGAAGAAAUCUGUGGGAAAUGUGAAAAUUUAUCCUUGUCUAAAUGAUCCUUUACAUGUAAAGGAAAAACUUUUCCUCUCUGGAUUGAUUAAAGUAUAGGCACAAGGCUUCCCCAAGCAUUUGAGAGUGCCGUCAUGGGCUCUGUGGAGGCUGCUGCCGCCGACAGUAGCUAUCUUUUUCAAAUUUUUCUUUUCUUAUUUUUGGGGAAGGAAAGUCAGGAAAAAAAUUAAAAAGCAAGAAAGAAAUCAAGGAAGUCAUUAUCAGACUCCUAGGGGAGCAUUGCCAAUCCCCCCACCCCCACCCAUUCCUGAACCCCAUGAGCCUGUAUUGGCCAGGGUUUUACAGAGCUUAAAAGUAGUCUCCCGAAAUCCAACCAAAUAAUGUCAUUUCUUUGACCUCCACAGAAUUGAGGAUUUUAAAGCCAAUUCAAGGAAUUUUACAAGCCCAACAAACAGUCAUAAAAAUGCCACUGGACUGAUACGACAUUUUACAAAACGAGAUUGAUCCUUGUGUUGUAAAAGUGAACUGUCCUGAAGGCACACCUCUCAGAGACAAGAGAGCAGCCCAGGACAGGCUUUUCCUGUCCUAUCUGGGAACUGCCAGGCCUGGGACCACAAUGAAAGCAAUUCAGGAUUUCUGGAGCCUGUGAGAAAACUGUUCCCUGUUCUGGAGCAGGCUCUGGGGUUGUCUUGGAAGGGCAAGAGAGAGGCCUCUCCCAUGACCAUGUCAGCAGACAGGCGCCCCGGAAACCAAGCCCAUUAAUUAUUGUGCACCUUGGGGCCCCUGUCCAGCUGUUCUCUAUGCCCUGCUCCACCAGGGACCAUCUGCAGUGUAUCUUCAGUGCCUCUGGGAUGAGGAGGAAGAGUGCCCAUUUGGAUUUUUCUGUCUCAGCUUCUUGGUGGCUGUGGGGAGCAGAGCACUGGGCGAGGGGCAGCAGUCUGAGCCCAGUCUCACUCACAGCUGCCUCUCUGUAGGUCCUUCCUUGUUGAAAUCUGUGGGUUCUGGUUUCUCUGUUUCCUAGGCUCAACAACUGGGUGUGUAGCUGGUAUAAGAAUGCUUGCUUUGACACCAAGUAGGCAUGGCCAUUGCAGAGGAGCCCAUCUGUACCCAAACAAGAUGCUGUUAUAUGUAGAAGGCAGGGGCAGCAGGAGGAGCCUGUUUGGCCUUGUCCUGGCCAGCGUGGGGUGAGCCUUCAGCUCUUUGCUGUGAGGCCUAGACUUCUGGCAGAAGUGGGAAGGAGACAAUAAGGGGAUGCACCAUUUCCAAGCUUGCCAUGCAGAGCAGAGAGUGAAGGCCUGGCUUCUCAAAGACCCCACACCCUCCAUUAGAGGGGCACAAGGGAAAGGGCAACUCAAGACCAGGCCUGGAGGGUAGGCCAGCAGGGAGCAAAGCCAUCGUGGUCACGGCUCCUCUUGGCUGCGGGGGCUGUCGGGUUUCCUGUUUGGAGGGGGGAAAAAAAACUGCAAAAUCUGACUAAGAAAAAAAAAAAAAAGGCAAGGAUGAGUGAGGGUGGGUGGCAGGAAGGGCGAGCCCGACAGGGCCUUUCAGGCGGCCCGGGCGCUCGUGCUCCAGACCGGGUCCGAUCUGCGCGUCCCUGCCCGGGCCAGGCCGGCCGCUGGCGCUGGGGGGAAGCCGGGCGGGCUGGCUGUGCGCGCACAUCAAUCUGCCGGGCGGGCGGGCGGCGGCGGCGGGCGGGCUGGGGGCUGUUUGUAACUUUGCUGCCUCGGUCGCCGCGGUCCCCGGGGAGCGGGCUCCGGCGCUCGCUCCCAUUGGCCGCCGCCGCGUCAGCUGGUGCGAUUUGCUGCUGUCGCUUUUGGCGUUCGGCCAUCCAGAAACAAACCAGUUCGAUGACUACUAAUAGUUAUAGCCAGAUGUACUAAUACACAACAAAUCACAGUCCUGCAGAGGGGCGCGCAAAUGAGUUCCUAUUUUGUGAAUCCCACUUUCCCCGGGAGCCUGCCCAGCGGCCAGGACUCCUUCCUGGGCCAGCUGCCCCUCUACCCGGCUGGCUAUGACGCGCUGAGGCCCUUCCCGGCCUCGUAUGGGGCGUCGAGCCUCCCGGACAAGACGUACACCUCACCUUGUUUCUACCAACAGUCCAACUCGGUCCUGGCCUGCAACCGGGCGUCCUACGAGUACGGGGCCUCGUGUUUCUAUUCUGAUAAGGACCUCAGUGGCGCCUCGCCCUCGGGCAGUGGCAAGCAGAGGGGCCCCGGGGACUAUCUGCACUUUUCUCCCGAGCAGCAGUACAAACCCGACAGCAGCACCAUACAGGGCAAAGCCCUCCAUGACGAAGGCUCCGACCGGAAGUACACGAGCCCUGUUUACCCCUGGAUGCAGCGGAUGAACUCCUGCGCGGGUGCUGUGUACGGGAGCCACGGGCGCCGAGGCCGCCAGACCUACACGCGCUACCAGACCCUGGAGCUGGAGAAGGAGUUCCACUUCAACCGCUACCUCACUCGGCGGCGCCGCAUCGAGAUCGCCAAUGCGCUCUGCCUCACUGAGCGCCAGAUCAAGAUCUGGUUCCAGAACCGCCGCAUGAAGUGGAAAAAGGAAAAUAAACUCAUCAAUUCCACGCAGCCCAGCGGGGAGGACUCUGAGGCAAAGGCGGGAGAGUAGACGU